AUGGCUGGAAUGUUUCGAUAUGAGAGGAGGAGCGCUCUGGAAGAUUGUCAAAAAAUUGCAGCAACACGAAUUAAUAUUGCGAAUGAAUUCAUACCAGAGUACCAAGCACUACGAAUACCUUCUGAUCAAUCAUUGACCGAAGAAGAUUUACAGAGAUGGGUGCAAGAUUCAAGAGAGAAGCUUACGAUGAUAGAAGAACAACAUCAUAAUCAAUUGUCUGAUCUACGGAAGUAUGACACCAUGAAUAAAUUAUUUAUGGAAGCUUCAGCUGCAUACAACAACUCGGACGCUGCAAUACUGGCAAAUUCUACAUUGGAACGAAUCAAUGAAGAUACUCUAGAUCUGAUACAUGACGAACUUGAAGAAUCAUUGAGGGAAAUAGUUAGUAUUGGAGGUUUACCUCUGGUUCAGCAGAUAUUACAAUCAAUCGCGGAUUCGACUGAAGCAACACCAAAUCUCUCUCCGCCAGCUAUCCCUUCUAAGAUUGUAGAAGCAUGCAGAAAUAAUUUCGGACCUAUCAACAAAAUUGAGUGGUCGAUUGACGAAGUGGCAAGUUUAAUCGAAUCAGCUCAUGAACGAAUCUGUACAUUAGAGGAUGAAGCACGUGUAAAUAUCACUUCAACGCGAUCUCAGCCACUGAUGCAAGACAUGGAACGACUUAGGGAGGCACAUAGGCAGUCCACGAUUAUCAGUUCACCUAUUCCUCCGAAAAGAAAGGCAAUUCAGCAAUCAGUUUCAUCACAUCCAGUCGGAUCAGAACGGGAAGCCUCCAAGGGCGAGGAUGUCAUUGAGCUUGAAAAUAAAUUGGAAAAUCUAAAUACCCAAUUAUCCAACAUCUUAUCAGAGCAUGAAGAACUAGAGUUGAUAUAUUCAAAGGAAACGUCUCAGACAUAUUAUCUAAAAUACCAAUUGGCAUUUAACAGGAUUUUCGAUAUACAAAUCACACAGGGAGCAGCAGAUGAAUAUCAAUCCGAGAUCAAAAAGAGACUGGAUGACAUCGAAUCCGAUAUUGUGACAUUCCACCUCCCUCGAUACAAUAUCAUCACAUUGGCAGACAAUUUCGAACAAAUACCACUCAGACCAAAACAACCCCCUUCUAUCGAAUACCUCUUGUUAUUGUCAAUGUACUUAUCUCAACCAAAUGCAGACCAGGAACAUGUCAAUCAACAUAUUAUUUGGCUAUCUACUCACAUAUCAUCAGUGAUUAACCUCUUCUCGACCCAAGCAAAUAGCAUUCUUCUUGUUUACUUGGAAAAUGUCAUUCGCUUCCAUUUGCCAACUGGAAUAGCACUGAUGGCAUUAGAAAUGACUGUUGCUAAGUUAGCUUACAGAAGUGAUGAUGUUAGAGAUAUGGGACUGUGGUCAAUCCUUGAGAACGUGUUGUUAUUGUCAAUCCCAACCACGUUCAACAAGCUGGAUAUUGUUAAGAGAGCUUGCUUGUGGUAUUUCGUCGCUUCAGGCCAACCUGGCAGUGAACUGGAUACUCAUUUCUCAAGACAUAAGUUAUCAAAAGAAUGUAUCAAGGAGAUUCGUGGAAAUACUCACUUGAGAGAUUUUACGAGUCUUUUAUGUAUUUCCACAAUCGCAAGACACAUUCAACACAGCAACAACCAUGAACUUUUUACCAUCACUUGUGGAGAAGAUAAAUUGGUCAUUGUGAAGACAAAAGCAGGAACGAACGAGUCAGUAUCAGAGGAGUAUGUGUGGACGAAAGAGAAGGGAGUUGUCACAUUGUCUAAGAAUGGAUUGCGUUUCAAAAUGGAGGGAGAUACAACGGAUAUGAUAAUUUUCGUGCAGGCAGAUGGAAAUGAAUCCGAAUUUUGGUUCAAAAUUGAGGCUGACAAUAUUGAACUAGCGGAAUACUUUGAUAGAUACUAUUCUGAUGCUAUAAUGAAGUCGGCCGAGACAUUUGUGGCGAAAUGUGAUGAAGAAGCUAAGGAUGGAAGAAUUAUUCGGUGUUGA